UAUAAUUAUUUUCUCGUGCACAGCAGCGUGCACCACUUGUCACGCGUAAUUGUAAUUUAACAUGCUGUUAGAAAAGUAUAUGUUUGUCAACUAGUAUUAUUGUUGUAACUAUAACAUAUCUAUUACUCGUUGCGUUUGAAAGGUAAAGAUCCAUCAAUCGCUUAAAUAUUUUACAAUACAGCUGAAAAGUUCAGUUGAAUUUGAGAUAGAAUACAAAUAUGAAAGUGAAACGAGGACAUCAGAAUUCUUCUGAUGGGCCAGCUAAUAAGAAGACAAAGAAUUCAAAAAGUUUCUCAAAAAAUAAACAGAAGCAUUCUUCAUCUAGACAUAAGAAACCACAUCAAUCGCCAAGACACAAAAAGGGACACCAAUCAGCUAAAAAUAAAGGACAAAAGCCAAAAAAUAAUGAUCAAGAUUCCAAAUCCCCAAAAUAUGAAAAGCCAACAGCCAAGAAUAAUGAUGAAGCGAUUCCCAAACCAAAAAAGUCAAAAUUCUCAAACAAAGUGGGAAAACCAAAUUUAGAUAGACCUAAAAAUGUAAAUAAAGAUCAGACUGGAACUGAUACAACGGGUGAAAAGCCUGAUUGGUUGGAAUACAAAAAGCAACAAAAAGAAUUAAGAGAAAAACGAAGAGCCAAGAAAUUGGAAGAUACGUAUGAAGUGGCAAUUCAAGCAAAACAAAUUGGUGAAAAACUUAGAAGGUCUAAUUUGUCGGCGGAUAUGCAGGAGAAAUUAACAAAGAAAUUACAUGAUUUAAUACAGAAUCAGUAUGCUAAAAUGAUAUUCGCACAUGAUUUAUCCAGAGUUAUCCAAUGGCAAAUCAAGUACUGUAAUCCAGAUAUUCAACUAGCUAUAGUACAGGAAUUAAAACCACAGUUACGUGAAAUGUUCUAUUCAAAGUAUGCGAAAAAUGUAGUAAGGACAUUGUUGAAGAAAGGUUCUGAGAGUGUUAAGAAAAGUGUUUUACAGGUUUGUACUGGUCAUGUUGUUAAGCUAUGUACUAAUGUUUUGGCAGCUCCAAUAUUUGAAAAAAUCUAUGUUGAAGUUGCUUCUGAAACUGAAAAAUCUCAGUUUAAGCAAGAGUUCUAUGGUGAUAUGUAUAAAAAUUCAAAAGACCCUAAUGUCAAAACUUUGACAGAUGUUUUUAAAAAUUCACAAGAUAUGAAAUCAGCUACAUUAUCGGGUGUAAAAGCCAAUUUAAUCAGGAUAUUAAACAAAAAUCUUAUCAAUUCUACACUAGUUCAUACAGUACUUUAUGAAUACUUGUCAAAUUGUUCCAAAGAAGAUAGAACUGAAAUAAUGGCAUUGGCAAGACCUUUAAUUGCUGAUUUGUCUCAAACUAGGGAUGGAGCAAAAGUUGGUAACUUGUGCAUUUGGCAUGGAACAAAUAAAGACAGAAAGCUCAUAAUGAAAUCAUUAAAAGAACACAUCAAAGACAUUAUAACGUCUGAACAUGGUCAUCUAAUGAUAAUAGCUCUUUUAGAUUCUGUCGAUGAUACUGUUCUAUUGAAAAAAAUUUUAUUGCAAGAAGUGUUGAAUAAUUUAUCUGAUAUAGUAUUGAAUGAUUAUGGAAGAAGAGUUAUUUUAUACAUUGUUGCAAGAAGAGAUACACAUUACUUUCACCCAGCUCUAGUUGAAUAUUUAAAAGAAGGAGAUGGAAAUGAAACAAGUAAAAAGCCAGCAGAUAUUCGUGAAAAAGAACUUUUAGAUAACAUGAUUGAUAACCUUUUGGAAAACAUUGUUCAAGAUUCAAAAAUGUGGUUGUCAAAUGGUCAAAUGCAACUAGUAACAUUGGCAAUUUUGAAAGCUAGUCGUGGUGAUAAACCCAAAGUAGCUUUUGAAACUAUAGCCAAAUUCAUAACAGACAGCAAUUCCAUGUUGCUACACGGUACAGAAGUAGUCAAAGCUGUGGAAGACCCUGGUUUACAUAUGAUACUAAAGAAAAUAAUUCAAAUGGAUAAGAAACGCCUUGAAGACAACGAGUUAACGUUUGGUGAAGUACUUCUUGAGCAUUUAACACAUGAAGUUAUAGAAUUCUGGGUUGAUUGUAACCGAAGUUGCUUCUUAUUAGUUUUAUUAGUUGAAAACGAAUCGGAGAAAGUAGUUUCUGAAUUAAAAUCAAAACUGAAAAAUAUCUCAAAACUGAAAUCUAAGAAAACAAAAGGAGCUACAAUAUUGUUAACAAAGCUAAAAUAAUGUAAUUAAGAAAUUUUGUAAAUUAAAUUUAAUGAAUAAUUAAGCACAUACAUCGUUUUUAAUAAAUGUUUUGUAAAAAUAAAAGUAUGUAAUCUAAAUUUUUCCACCAAAUCUCCUUCAAUUAUAUAGAUUAGAGUAUGUAUACAAUUAGACUUGGGAAGAUUUUGAAAAAUAUACAAAUUAUUUGUAAUUGAACAUUUUUAUUUAGUUACAAUUUUAGUAUAAAUAAUUCAUUUUAAGCUACUAUUUCCCUAGCCAAGUAACAAAACGAAUCUACGAUAUCGACAGUAUAACCUUGUAAUUUGAAAAUACCCGACGGAAAAUCGAAUAAAAAUCGAGUAAAACUUUGCAAAUGUAAAAUUCAUAAAUGAUUACAAAUCUA